AUGGCGCCGAAGCUCCCUCCGGCGGCGAAGGAGGCGGCGAAGGCGGCUGUGGUGCCGAAGGUGGGACCGAAGGAUGGCCCCGCUCCGAAGGACGCACCGAAGGCAGAGGGCGCUGAGACGAAGGAGGCGCCCAAGGCGGUGGAGGCGGCGGCGAAGGAUGCUCCAAAGCAGGAUGAGGCGAAGGAUGGCGCCGGGCGAACGGAGACACCUAAGGUAGGGCCUGAGGCGAAGAUGGCGCCGAAGCUCCCUCCGGCGGCGAAGGAGGCGGCGAAGGCGGCUGUGGUGCCGAAGGUGGAACCGAAGGAUGGCCCCGCUCCGAAGGACGCACCAAAGUCUGGUGACACCGCUAAGGCACCCGAGUCGGCGCAGCUCGCAAAGUCGCCCAAGGUAGGGCCUGAGGCGAAGAUGGCGCCGAAGCUCCCUCCGGCGGCGAAGGAGGCGGCGAAGGCGGCUGUGGUGCCGAAGGUGGGACCGAAGGAUGGCCCCGCUCCGAAGGACGCACCGAAGGCAGAGGGCGCUGAGACGAAGGAGGCGCCCAAGGCGGUGGAGGCGGCAGCGAAGGAUGCUCCGAAGCAGGAUGAGGCGAAGGAUGGCGCCGGGCGAACGGAGACACCUAAGGUAGGGCCUGAGGCGAAGACGGCGCCGAAGCUCCCUCCGGCGGCGAAGGAGGCGGCGAAGGCGGCUGUGGUGCCGAAGGUGGGACCGAAGGAUGGCCCCGCUCCGAAGGACGCACCGAAGGCAGGGGGCGCUGAGACGAAGGACGCACCCGAGUCGGCCCAGCUCGCAACGGCGCCCAAGGUAGGGCCUGAGGCGGAGAUGGCGCCGAAGCUCCCUCCGGCGGCGAAGGAGGCGGCGAAGGCGGCUGUGGUGCCGAAGGUGGGACCGAAGGAUGGCCCCGCUCCGAAGGACGCACCGAAGGCAGAGGGCGCUGAGACGAAGGAGGCGCCCAAGGCGGUGGAGGCGGCAGCGAAGGAUGCUCCGAAGCAGGAUGAGGCGAAGGAUGGCGCCGGGCGAACGGAGACACCUAAGGUAGGGCCUGAGGCGAAGAUGGCGCCGAAGCUCCCUCCGGCGGCGAAGGAGGCGGCGAAGGCGGCUGUGGUGCCGAGUGUGGGACCGAAGGAUGGCCCCGCUCCGAAGGACGCACCGAAAGCAGAGAGCGCUGAGACGAAGGAGGCGCCCAAGGCGGUGGAGGCGGCAGCGAAGGAUGCUCCGAAGCAGGAUGAGGCGAAGGAUGGCGCCGGGCGAACGGAGACACCUAAGGUAGGGCCUGAGGCGAAGAUGGCGCCGAAGCUCCCUCCGGCGGCGAAGGAGGCGGCGAAGGCGGCUGUGGUGCCGAAGGUGGGACCGAAGGAUGGCCCCGCUCCGAAGGACGCACCGAAGGCAGAGGGUGCUGAGACGAAGGAGGCGCCCAAGGCGGUGGAGGCGGCAGCGAAGGAUGCUCCGAAGCAGGAUGAGGCGAAGGAUGGCGCCGGGCGAACGGAGACACCUAAGGUAGGGCCUGAGGCGAAGAUGUCGCCGAAGCUCCCUCCGGCGGCGAAGGAGGCGGCGAAGGCGGCUGUGGUGCCGAAGGUGGGACCGAAGGAUGGCCCCGCUCCGAAGGACGCACCGAAGGCAGAGAGCGCUGAAACGAAGGAGGCGCCCAAGGCGGAGGCGGCAGCGAAGGAUGCUCCGAAGCAGGAUGAGGCGAAGGACGUCACGGCUGAGCUGGCCUCGAAGGAUGAUGUUCGAGGGGGAGGCCAGCAGGAAAAUCCUGCGGACCAUGCUGCGGCAGCAGCAGCCGAGCUCACCCAGCGAGCUCCGUCAGGCGGUAUUGCAGGAUUCUUUUAUAAUAUCUUCGGAGCUCCCGCCGCAGAGACGACGGCCGAAGUUGUUGAGAAGGCUGCGGAAGACACUGAAAAGAACGAGCCUGACGGAAAGGCGAAUGAAGCCCCAGGCGCUCUAGACAAGCCACCGGCAGGCGGUCCCUCUGGCGCGCAGCUUCCGCCGGCCAAAGAGGCCCCCAAAAGCGCAUCCCUGCCCACGGAUGCAUCCCUCACUUUGCCGGUGGCCAAGCCUACGCCCGGGUCUCAGCCCCCUGCUGACGCAGCCAAGGUCACCGAGUCUGGUGACUCCGCUAAGGCACCCGAGUCAGCCCAGCUCGCAAAGGCGCCCAAGGUAGGGCCUGAGGCGAAGAUGGCGCCGAAGCUCCCUCCGGCGGCGAAGGAGGCGGCGAAGGCGGCUGUGGUGCCGAAGGUGGGACCGAAGGAUGGCCCCGCUCCGAAGGACGCACCGAAGGCAGAGGGCGCUGAGACGAAUGAGGCGUACAAGGUGGUGGAUGCGGCAGCGAAGGAUGCUCCGAAGCAGGAUGAGGCGAAGGACGUCACGGCUGAGCUGGCCUCGAAGGAUGAUGUUCGAGGGGGAGGCCAGCAGGAAAAUCCUGCGGAUCAUGCGGCGGCCGCAGCAGCCGAGCUCACCCAGCGGGCUCCAUCAGGCGGUAUUGCAGGAUUCUUUUAUAAUAUCUUCGGAGCUCCCGCCGCAGAGACGACGGCCGAAGUUGUUGAGAAGGCUGCGGAAGACACUGAAAAGAACGAGCCUGACGGAAAGGCGAAUGAAGCCCCAGGCGCUCUAGACAAGCCACCGGCAGGCGGUCCCUCUGGCGCGCAGCUUCCGCCGGCCAAAGAGGCCCCCAAAAGCGCAUCCCUGCCCACAGAUGCAUCCCUCACUUUGCCGGUGGCCAAGCCUACGCCCGGGUCUCAGCCCCCUGCUGAGGCAGCCAAGGUCACCGAGUCUGAUGACUCCGCUAAGGCAUUCGAGUCAGCCCAGCUCGCAAAGGCGCCCAAGGUAGGGCAUGAGGCGAAGUUGGCGCCGAAGCUCCCUCCGGCGGCGAAGGAGGCGGCGAAGGCGGCUGUGGUGCCGAAGGUGGGACCGAAGGAUGGCCCCGCUCCGAAGGACGCACCGAAGGCAGAGGGCGCUGAGACGAAGGAGGCGCCCAAGGCGGUGGAGGCGGCAGCGAAGGAUGCUCCGAAGCAGGAUGAGGCGAAGGAUGGCGCCGGGCGAACGGAGACACCUAAGGUAGGGCCUGAGGCGAAGAUGGCGCCGAAGCUCCCUCCGGCGGCGAAGGAGGCGGCGAAGGCGGCUGUGGUGCCGAAGGUGGGACCGAAGGAUGGCCCCGCUCCGAAGGACGCACCGAAGGCAGAGGGCGCUGAGACGAAGGAGGCGCCCAAGGCGGUGGAGGCGGCAGCGAAGGAUGCUCCGAAGCAGGAUGAGGCGAAGGAUGGCGCCGGGCGAACGGAGACACCUAAGGUAGGGCCUGAGGCGAAGAUGGCGCCGAAGCUCCCUCCGGCGGCGAAGGAGGCGGCGAAGGCGGCUGUGGUGCCGAAGGUGGGACCGAAGGAUGGCCCCGCUCCGAAGGACGCACCGAAGGCAGAGGGCGCUGAGACGAAGGAGGCGCCCAAGGCGGUGGAGGCGGCAGCGAAGGAUGCUCCGAAGCAGGAUGAGGCGAAGGAUGGCGCCGGGCGAACGGAGACACCUAAGGUAGGGCCUGAGGCGAAGAUGGCGCCGAAGCUCCCUCCGGCGGCGAAGGAGGCGGCGAAGGCGGCUGUGGUGCCGAAGGUGGGACCGAAGGAUGGCCCCGCUCCGAAGGACGCACCGAAGGCAGAGGGCGCUGAGACGAAGGAGGCGCCCAAGGCGGUGGAGGCGGCAGCGAAGGAUGCUCCGAAGCAGGAUGAGGCGAAGGAUGGCGCCGGGCGAACGGAGACACCUAAGGUAGGGCCUGAGGCGAAGAUGGCGCCGAAGCUCCCUCCGGCGGCGAAGGAGGCGGCGAAGGCGGCUGUGGUGCCGAAGGUGGGACCGAAGGAUGGCCCCGCUCCGAAGGACGCACCGAAGGCAGAGGGCGCUGAGACGAAGGAGGCGCCCAAGGCGGUGGAGGCGGCAGCGAAGGAUGCUCCGAAGCAGGAUGAGGCGAAGGAUGGCGCCGGGCGAACGGAGACACCUAAGGUAGGGCCUGAGGCGAAGAUGGCGCCGAAGCUCCCUCCGGCGGCGAAGGAGGCGGCGAAGGCGGCUGUGGUGCCGAAGGUGGGACCGAAGGAUGGCCCCGCUCCGAAGGACGCACCGAAGGCAGAGGGCGCUGAGACGAAGGAGGCGCCCAAGGCGGUGGAGGCGGCAGCGAAGGAUGCUCCGAAGCAGGAUGAGGCGAAGGAUGGCGCCGGGCGAACGGAGACACCUAAGGUAGGGCCUGAGGCGAAGAUGGCGCCGAAGCUCCCUCCGGCGGCGAAGGAGGCGGCGAAGGCGGCUGUGGUGCCGAAGGUGGGACCGAAGGAUGGCCCCGCUCCGAAGGACGCACCGAAGGCAGAGGGCGCUGAGACGAAGGAGGCGCCCAAGGCGGUGGAGGCGGCAGCGAAGGAUGCUCCGAAGCAGGAUGAGGCGAAGGAUGGCGCCGGGCGAACGGAGACACCUAAGGUAGGGCCUGAGGCGAAGAUGGCGCCGAAGCUCCCUCCGGCGGCGAAGGAGGCGGCGAAGGCGGCUGUGGUGCCGAAGGUGGGACCGAAGGAUGGCCCCGCUCCGAAGGACGCACCGACGGCAGAGGGCGCUGAGACGAAGGAGGCGCCCAAGGCGGUGGAGGCGGCAGCGAAGGAUGCUCCGAAGCAGGAUGAAGCCAAUGCUGUGUCCGUUGGAUUGGCGAGAUCAUCGCCAAUGAUGCUGAUUUCUGGGAAAUCUUCCGAACAGUUGCCACGUGGGGUAAGUCGAGCUGAGGCGGCUCAAGUGGGGCUACAGAGGGACUCACCAAAAGCCAGUGCAAGGAGGCUGUCUUUGCAAGAAGGAGUUAAUGUGCCUCCGUUGACGGAGGGACUGAAGAAGUUUGCUUCUAAAGGAGGAGUGAAGCAGUUGCCUUCCAAGGACGGUUUCAAGACUCAGGCAUCAAACGAAGUAAUCAAGAAGCUGGCGUCGAGAGAGGGUGUGAAGAGGCUGGCAUCGAAGGAGGGAGUGACGAAGUUGCCUUCCAAGGAUGGAUUAAAGUCUCACGCGUCGACAGGGGGAAUCAGGAGGCUGGAAUCGAAGGUGGCAGUCACGAAGCUGGAAUCGAAAGUGGGAGUCAAGAAGCCAGAGUCACAAGAUGGAAUCAAGAAGCUGGAAUCGAGCAAGAGAGCGAACAGUCUGACAUUGAAGGAAACAGUGAAGAAACUGCCCUCGAAAGAGGGACUAAAGAAACUACCCUCGAAAGAGGGACUAAAGAAGCUGCCUUCAAAAGAAGGAGUGAAGAAUCUGCCUUCUAAAGUGGGACUGAAGACGCAGCCAUCACGUGAAGGAAUCAAGAAGCUGGAAUCAAAAGAAGGACUGAAGAAGCAGAUAUCGAAGGCGGGAGUGAAGAAGCUGGAAUCAAAAGAAGGACUGAAGAAGCAGAUAUCGAAGGAAGGAGUGAAGAAGCUGGAAUCAAAAGAAGGACUGAAGAAGCAGAUAUCGAAGGAAGGAGUGAAGAAGCUGGAAUCAAAAGAAGGACUGAAGAAGCAGAUAUCGAAGGAAGGAGUGAAGAAGCUGGAAUCAAAAGAAGGACUGAAGAAGCAGAUAUCGAAGGCGGGAGUGAAGAAGCUGGAAUCAAAAGGAGGACUGAAGAAGCAGAUAUCGAAGGAAGGAGUGAAGAAGCUGGAAUCAAAAGAAGGACUGAAGAAGCAGAUAUCGAAGGCGGGAGUGAAGAAGCUGGAAUCAAAAGGAGGACUGAAGAAGCAGAUAUCGAAGGAGGAAGUGAAGGAGCUGGAAUUGAAAGCGGGAUCAAAAAGUUAGAGUGAAGGAGCGAGUGAAGGGGCUGCCUUCGAAGGAGACAGUAAACAAACUGCCUUCCAAAGAAGGGCCGAAGUAGUCGACGUUUAAGGACGAGUUGAGGCAGGAACCUUUUGAGGAACGACUGGCCACCUUUCUGACGUGGAAGCCCCUAAAGGACUUGUCCUCGAAGCUCCGCGUGGGAAUCGUAUCGAUUCUUGGAAACUAAACAAUUCACCGUAGGCGAGUUGCUGGUGCCUAAUUUGAGAGAAACCCCUGGAAUGAAGUCUCCGCAAAAAAGCAAACUAGUAAAUUUAUGGAGGUGUAUAUAGACGUUGGCUUAAGGCCAAAGAAUGCCCACGUGGAAAAUUUUCAUGGUGCUGCUUGCGAAUUCUCUUAGUCCCUCAGUCUGUACCUCAAGGUAUACAGUUUUGGCGGUUACAGUACAUGUUGAACAAUAAUUGUCGAUACAGAAGAUUGAGAAUUAGGAACGCGGGUGGCUUUAUACAGGGAGAUCACAGACUGUGGCUUGCAUUUCGUUUCAUCGGAGUUUCUUGGAGGCGUUUCCUGUGUUGAACGAGCAUUGUGUCAGUUGUUAAUUACUGUAUUGCGUGUUGUCCCUAACAAUGUGGCGUGUUUCCUUCAAAAGUAGUUAUCGAAUCAUUCCUCUCAAUGUCGCUGCGUCUGCGUAGUGGAGCAAUUCGAAAUGCUCGGCAACGCGUCUUUUUGUGGCACAGCCACAUCGUUAGGCUGUUGUAAAUUUAGCCACAUGUGGCUUCCUUUUUUUUCGUGGUCGCUUUGCCCUCUAGACAGCGAUUCACGGAAAUGCCUAUAGUGGCCACUCAAAGGUGAAGAAGGCUCAACGUCCCUGCAUCCAAGUCGUUCCGUGUGCUCCUGGCUUUCUUCUCAUAUGUUACUGUAAUACUAGUCAUUUCAUCAUCUCGUCUGAUGGCAGCUACUAGCGGCGCACGUGCGUGUGUGCAGCACAUGCCUGCUCUUUUCAUUGUGGUACAUGUCUUCAUCGUGGGAUAUCAGACUGUUCCAGCAGCCCAUGGUUCUUGGACCGUGGUGCUUCCCAUAGAAAUGCCGUUUAAUUUUUCGAGCAAGCUACCACACUCGCAGCGUCUGUAGACGCUGUCACUGAUAAGGCCUGCAAAACCUGUAUUGAGGUAACCUAGGCUGAAAAUGAAUCAUUC